GUUUUAUACAGUGAGUGGGGGAACUCAUCCAACCCAGCGUAACAAGAGGAGAGGCUGAAUCAAUGAGCUCCUGUGUGAAGACAACUUGAGUGAGUUGCACUGGUUGCAAGUCGCCAAAUAUAAAUGCUAUCCUCCAUCUACCCUCUUCCCCUCCUAUCUCCCGGCCCCUGGGCCAGGGAAUGUGCCGGCUGGGAGAUGCCUUACGUGGAUCGGCAGAACCGGAUCUGUGGCUUCCUGGACAUCGAGGAAAACGAGAGCAGUGGGAAGUUCCUGCGCCGCUACUUCAUCCUAGACACCCAACCGGGCAGCCUGGUGUGGUACAUGGACAACCCUCAGAACCUGCCCAUCAGUGCCCACUGUGUUGGCUCACUUAAGCUCACCUACAUCUCCAAGGUCAGCGACGCCACUAAGCAGAGACCAAAGGCAGAGUUUUGCUUCGUCAUAAACGCUGGCAUGAGGAAAUUCUUCCUCCAGGCCAAUGAUCAGCAGGACCUGGUGGACUGGGUGAACGCUCUCAACAAGGCCACCAAAAUCACUGUGCCAAAGUCCUAUGAUGGCCAACAGAAUGUGGAGACCCAGAAAGCCCUUCUGGACAACCUGGGACCCAAGAAGCAGGUCUCCUACAGGACUGACAUCAUCGGGGGAGUUCCCAUCAUAACCCAGAUGCAGCAGGAAAGGGGAGAGGGCCAGGAGGGUUCCGAGCGAGAGUUGCUGCAUAGAUCCCACAACCAGCUGCCAUACUUCCUGGGCAGGCCGACCCAAGACAAGACGGUCAUCAAGUCUGGCUAUUGUGUGAAGCAGGGAGCUGUGAUGAGGAAUUGGAAAAGGAGAUAUUUCUUACUGGAGGAGAACUCAAUGAGUUACUUCAAAUCAGAUCUGGAGAAGGACCCUCUAAGAAUUAUUCCAUUGAAGGACGUCCACAAAGUUCAGGAGUGCAAACAGAGUGACAUCAUGAUGAGGGAUAAUCUCUUUGAGGUUGUCACCACAUCUAGGACCUUUUACAUUCAAGCUGACAGUCCAGAGGAGAUGCACAGCUGGAUCAAGGCUGUCUCUGGGGCCAUCGUAGCCCUGCGGGGACCUGGGAGAUCUGCAGCCACAAUGCGGCAAGCCAGACGGCUGUCGAACCCCUGUAUACAGAGGUAUACGGCCCGAAUCGGGGAGUGCAGCACCAGGAGUACUGUGGCUGUUCCUCCCCUUCCACAUUCUACCGCAGCCACCCGGGGCCCCCCGUCCCUCGCUCGCCCAUAUCUGCAGUGCCACCCUACCCAGGGUGCCCUGCUGUCGCGGGCGGUGCACGCCCGGAGCCUGGCGUGGGACAGCGAGCAUUUCAUGAGCCUCCUGCCACGACCCAGCCACGCCCGACUGUCACUGCAGGAGACACGCCUGUCCAAGUGACCGCUGCCACCACCCUCGAGUCGCCAUGGAGACGGUGCAGCACCUUUGAGGGCUACCCACCAGAACCCCCACUUGACUUGGACCCUGCCGACCUGCGGUCAGUGAAGUCUGACCCCUACCCAUAAACUAGGAGAUGAUGUGUGACAACAGGGAUAAUGGAGGAAAUGAGAGGAGUGCUUUUGAAUAACCAAGAGAAGCAGAACCAGGGGGCUGCUGGUCUCCUCCACCAAACUGACCGGAAGUCAUCUGGAUAGAAAUGGCAGAAAGCAGGAACUGGACUCCAUGCCAAAGUGAAUGACUGUAUAAUAUGUCUGACCUCCAUCCAUCUCAUGUUACCUAACCCAACUAGUCAACCCUGGUCAGAUAUUAGAGUUGAAAGUCACUCAGGGACAGGGGGUUGCGUUCUCUCCUGGUGUUUCAUUGUUAUUCAUCUGCUCAGUUGAAGUCGAGGCCUGUGGGCACAUACAUAAAGUCAUGCAAUCAGCUGUGUGUCUGUGUGUGUAGGGAGGGUGGGAUUCACACUGAGUUAUACGCCAAAGAUUCGUCAUUUGCCACUUUCUCCCACCUCAGAUGAAACGUUAAUGUUCAUUUAGAUUUAAUUAGAUAAAAAAUGUAAUGAAGAGUUUUACCUGCAACUCAUGACUAGACACAAAGAUUAAGUUAACAAUUUGUGAGCUAAUGAGUGUAUAUUUUAAGGGAGCAAGCUAUAUUCUCUGAGGGAAUAGUUGUCAAGCUACAGAAAUAAUCAUGCCUGGUCAUUUCAUACAUUCACUGUUGUUCUUAUUGAACGUUGUCUUUAUCUGAUUUUAAAACCUACAUACAAUCCCACUGAAGAUCCACACCAUAAUAUUACAGUUAGAAAGUUGUUGGCACACACUGUGGACUGGUACGAGAGGACUGUGCAGCUCCAAAGCAAGCCAUGUGGGUCGUUCCACCAAUUCUGCCUUUUUGAGAAGUAUAAAUUGGUAGAAAAAAAAAACAUUUAUUUCACUUUUAUUUAGCAUUCUGUCACAUUUUCAACUUUAGCAAGUCUUUAUUCAGAUGCAAAAAAUCUGAUUUAUUGUAUUCUUUGUGUGGUCUAUAUUAAAGGCUACUUCAUUUAAUUGAACAGACUUAAAUGUGAUGUUGGUGCACAAUUUUUACUUAACAUUUCAAAGGGAAGCAACAGGCACUCAUUUCGUGCAACGAUCCACGGAUGUUUGCCUAAUCCUGCAGGGUACUGUUUUGGGGUUAUCUUCGGAUUUGUACCAAUAGGAUUUCAGUGGGGGAGUGAGUUGAGCGACAGAGUAAAGGUGGCUUCAGUACGGGACCAAAGUUAACAGCAGUCACUACUAGGGAAGGGAUGGCCAGAGUGUCUUGCAGAGAUGAUGUUUAAAUAAAUACUGGUCACCAAACCUGCCUGACCUCUUCAGACCUGUAUACUGUACAGUGGCUUCAACCAUUUUAGUGACUGCUGCCCUAUUUGUUGAGUUAUGACAAUGACAGCUGCUGUUUUGUGUGUGUGUGUGAAAACAUUGGUUUUGUUCAACAGUUUAUUAUGGGAUGGUUUUAUUUUAUGUUGUAAAAUUAUGUGGUAAGAUGUAUAUUUCCGUUUGAACUUCCCUGUGCCUGUAUUGCCAGGUAGUGGAGGUUAACCCAACAAUACAACUCAAAGGUCUUAUUUCAAUAGCUCUCAGUAGUGGUUUUGCAAAACCAUAUAGCUGCUAAAGUGCCAUAAAUUCUAUAAAAAUAAAAGUUAUUCUAACCCUU